CAUCUGGAGCACACUGUGAGAGGAAACCCACCAAGGCUCAUUGUAACAAGAUUCUUCACCAGUGGAUAGAUCAGUUAAUGAAAAAAUGGACCCAGAAAAUAGGGCCAGAGCAGAACUCAUUCUCCCAAACCCACAAGGGCCCUCCAGAGUGUCUGAAAUUGAACUUGCAGAAGUCUCUCUCCAUGAUACCACUUUACUGCGGAAGGGUGCCCAAAUCCAACCACGCCCUACAUGGCUGACAUUUUUGAGGAAGGAGCUGGAAUUCCUGGGGGUAACACAAAUUCUGAUUGGUUUGACAUGCCUUUGGUUUGGAACAUUUGUCUUCUCCAUGCUCACAAAGUCAGACUUUGAGGAAAACAUAUUUUCAUCAUUUGAAGCAGGCUACCCAUUCUGGGGAGCAAUAUUUUUUUUUAUUUCCGGAUUUUUGUCAAUUAUGUCUGAAGAGAAACGUGAAAUAUAUCUGCUACAAGGAAGCCUGGGGGCAAACACUGUCAGCAGCAUGGCUGCAGGAACAGGAAUCAUCAUCCUGCUCAUCAACCUGAAGACGAGCAUGGCUUGCAUCUACAACUGCCAGGACACUUAUGAGGAAGACUUCUGCCUUAUCGUUUCUUUUUCCACUGAAAUCGUGGCAGUGACCCUGUUUAUCACCGUUCUGGGGUUUUGCAGUGCUGUGUCACUCACAAUCUACGGAGUGGGAGAAAUAUUCGAAAGAAGUAAGAUUCCAGAAGAUCGUCUUUAUGAAGAAUUAAACAUAUAUUCACCAAUAUACAGUGAGUUGGAAGAGAGAGGGGAGAUAUCUUCUCCCAGUGACUCAUAAGAAUGCUGUGCCCAGAACAUUCUGAUUCACAGCAAAGGGUCCAGAAAGCAAGCUCUUUGUUUAAGGGGCUACAGGCAAAAUUUAUAUUCUCUCUAUAAUCUGCUGAUUUUACAUUAUGAUUUAUUUUCCAGAUGGCAAUAUUUUGUUUUUGUUGUUUCUAUUCACCUAAACAUCCCUCCCCACCAUUUGUAGAUAUGAUAGACUCUUAUUUUCCUUAUUUUCUCUCACUAUCUCACACCCAUCCCUUCUGAGAAGUCAACAUUUAAUAAGUAAAAUUUAUAGUGUACCUAUAACUGUGCAAAUAGGGAAAAUAAGAGGAAGCCUGGUUGAGAGUUGAGUUAAACUUUAACACUUCGAUAAUAGUUGAUUCUUAGCCCUUUCUAGAGUUCAUAAGAGCUACAGAUGUGCAUGACAUAUGUCUCCCUACUAGACUGUGAGCACCUUGAGGGCAAAGUCCAAUUCAGAAAACAUAUGCUGAGAACAGUUAAGUGUUUGAAGUUUUCCACACUUGUCUGUUUCACAGUAUGUAUCCAAGUAUUUCACAAUAGUGGAUGCUCAGUGUGUAUUUAUGGAGUAGAUGGGUGAGGGUGAGGAUGGGUGAGGAGUCAGGGAGGAUAUACCACCAGGUCAGGCCAGAGGGAGAGGAGAAAAGGAAAAAGAAAUGAUUCUGAAGUGAGUUUGGAGGUGAUAAGGAGACCAUAUUGGUGUGUAUUAAGAAUAGAGUAAGGAGGAGAGUUAGAUGGAGACUUGAAUAGAGAUUUUGCAGGCUUGUAUUAAACACGUUGCUGGAUCCAUAUCAGGUUAGCAAUGGAUUCUUCCUGCUUAUGUUUGAUUGUAUCAUAUGGAGAAAACAACAUGGUAUUUUAGAAGGAUCACUGAUCUUAUCAAAUGCAGAGAGUCUGCAAUGGAAUCCCAGGCCUAUUGCUUACUUAUUGAGUGAGUUGUGGCAAAUCCUUUAACCUUUUCCUCAAUCUGGGUUUCCUCAUCUGUAAAAUUAAGAUAUUAGGAAUAAUUUAUCUGCCAGCACUAAAUGUCUGUGAAAAUACACACACACACACACACACACACACACACGUGCACAGUAUAAAUUAAAAGUGCUCUAAAAAAGAAAGGGAUUAUUACAUAAAUUAUUUAAUUCAGAUGUAUAUAAAAGUAAUCUGCAAAUUUUACUGAUCUCUAAUGAUAUACAUUUUAGUCUAUUUUAUUCUAACUUUAAAGGUCUCACUCUCUAAUCCCACUUCAACUUUCUCUUUAAUAUGCUUUGUGCUUGACCACCUUCCAUCAGUUCCCUGGCUUGAACUGUUCUGCCCUCUCUUCUGUGCCUGCUUGAAUUUCUUCUUUCUUUAAUGCCUAUCUUAAAUCCGAGCUCACUCUUUAAGAUUUUCCAGUCGCGAUUGCUCUUCUCUAGAUGAUGAGCUUUUCAAACUAAAUACUCACAGACACAACUUACACUAUAUAUAACUUUCCAUUUGCAAAUAUUUUAUGUCCCCUCAAUGAUAAUACAUUUUUUCGAAGACACAAAGUCUCAUAAAAAUCUGUAUGUUGCCCGAAUCACCAGUGCCUUCAUCAACACAAUAUUGUUCAAUUAUGUUUGCAGAUUGAUGAAUGGACAGUACGAAGUUUUAUUAAAUUACUCAGUAUCUGGCGAGAUGGAAACUAUAAAUGCAAAGAUCAUUUAAUGAGGAAUUUGAAAUGAAAGAAGAAUCAGUUUGUGAAGAUCUGAGCUAAAAUGAAGUCAGUGGGAAUAGAGAGAAAUGGUUAUAUCUAAAACAGGGAGAGAAAGAGCAAUUGGUCUUCUUGUUAGUUGAAUUAAAGGACAAAGUUAAAAAAGUAAUUGGUUGAUUAAUACAUUAAGUGUUUGAGUUUAAGGUCUAAGGAGAACAGUUUGGAAGGAUCAUCGAUCCAUGUGGGUGAUGUUGAAAGAAACGAUAGGAAGUCAGAAAUAUGGCUUGAUAGAUGAGGAGUACAGACAGACCUAAAUUAAGCUUAAUUUCAGAUGGUCAGUUUUAGGAGAAUGAAAAGAAAUGCAGCUGGAGAGGGCCUCAUAGCGUCCAACACGGAGUUCUGGUAAAGAUGAAAUUGAUGGUAGAGAUUUGGUGUCAUUAUAAGCGAGGUCACUAUUAAAUGAAGCAGAUUAACACUCUAAGAGAAUUAUUUUGAGAUAAAAGUAAAGCAAAAUUAACCUUCACAUGCCUAUAAUUAGAAGGAAAAAGGAAGGAAAAAAACCCUGAGGGUAGAAGACACAAGAAUUAGUCAAAAAAGUGCAUCAUGAAAUGGUAGACAGAACACAGCCCAAAGCAGAGAGAGGUUAGAAAAAGAGAGAAUGAUUAACCGUCUGAGACAGUAUCUGCUAGCUUAGGCAAGAGAAAAGUCUACAAUGAUCAAUCAACUCCAGGUAGGGCGUGGAGAUGGGGCAGAGAAUAUAGCAUUGGUGAACAGAUGCAAAAGGUGCAGAGAAAUUGAAAACAGGGUUAUGGAGAUGAGCAAACGAAUCAAACAUUUGCAGAGGUGUUUAGAGGAAGAGGAUGGGGGUAUAUGUGAUGUGAGAAAUACGAGAGUAGAUUGUGAAUUGAAAAUAGCAAAGAAAAAUUACAACAAGCAAACUGAUUUUGUUGCUAUUGAUGUUUUUAGUUUUAUUAAAGGAAAAAGUAUUUCAUGUCUUUAGCCUAAAUAGAAGAGACCUGUGAAGGGACUGAAAUAUCACUUUGGGGGGAUUAGCCACAAUUUGUUAAUAAAAUAAUUAUGUUUUAUGUAUUUAGAAUACCAAAAUGAAAAAUUGGCAGGUAGAUACUAAUUUCUCCAGACUAUAAAGGUGAUCACACAACCACACAAGAGACAAUUAAGUGACAGUAUGCUUAUCUAACCUCAGGUCCUCAGGUUUUCUAUUUUCUCUUUUCUGAAAUAAAAUUGUGUUUCUCAAAAUUUGACAGCAGCAUAAAGAUGCAGCCUUUCACUGUGUAGCUUGUUAAGCUGUAUCUCCAUUCUUGAUCAUCCAUAGGUAUUAAUCCCAUCACUUCCAUGGCAUAUAUAUUCACAGCCAAACUCCUCAAUCUGUCCUACCAGGACCUCUAGAAGUGGAUCCAGUCUAUCUCUACAAUUGUGGAAUACUUUACACCAGUCUUCCUCCCACUGAAUUCUUAUUUUAACCACACAGUUGACUGUAUAUUUCCAAGGUCCAUAACACAACUUUUGUCUCAAGACCAUUCUAAUGGUUGUCCUGUCCCUGCCUGCCUUUUAUCACAUACCCAUUUCAGGCAUACACUGAGCACAUAACUGGCGUGUUCUUCACACAUUUGUCACUCCAAAUUAGUUGUCUAAAAAUUUCAACUUAAAGGUCAUCUUCUCCAUGAAGACUGCCUAAGGCACACCUAUUCAUCCAGCCUUAAUUUCUUGAUUCAUAACCACUUUACCCCAUACUGUAGUAUAUUAUCAUUUAUUAUUCAUGUACUUGUGAUAUUGUUGAUGUAUUCUCAAUUACUAGCAUUUGCACAAUAAAUUGGCAUCCUUUAACUUGA